GCCUGGCUGUUGGCUGAUCGUCGCAUAAUGCAAUACUUUAGCGUGGGAGCCAUCGAGACACCUCACAAUUCAGUGCAGAAACAUUAGCAUGCGCCAUAAAACGAUACUGCAAUGGCUUGGUUUUGUUGCUACAUUUGCAUAUUAUGGGGUGUGUGAAUCACAAUCCCUUUACAAAUGUCGACCUUUGCAGCGAACCAGAGCCUCUGCGGCUGAGGAUGAGAAGGCCAACGCCCAGCAGGAGAAGACAACUGCAUGGCGCGCGGUCAUGGCGCAGACGUCAACAACCUGCGGCCUCGCAUUUUCAUGCUGCGAGUGGCUAGCGGUCACCUGCUGGUGAUAUACUCCAGUGAAAGGUGUUAAACACAAAGUAUACAAUUUAUAAUCCAACUGGACAAACUCUUCUAUUGAAAAUUGUGUUUACAAAGCGCAGACAUACGCCAGGAUGAGAGAUGCGACGCAUUUGCGAGUGUUUCGGCCAUUCAAGUUACUAGCAGUCAUCAUGGUAGCCAUCUCCAUGGUGCUGACCAUAGCAUCAGUUGCAGGACCUGACUGGAUGGAAGUCUCUUUCUACCACGGAGAAAUCAAAUCCUGGGGGCUGUGGUGGAGCUGCUUUGAAGUCACUAGGUCAUUCCAAAUGUGUGUUGAAACAGACUGGCUGUUUGCUUGUGCAGCUCUGGUUCUCAUAAGUCUGAUAUCAACUCUCAUUGCUUCUGGAUCUGGUGUGCUGGGCCUGUGCACACACAAGCAGCUCUUCUACUAUGCUGCUGCCAUUAUCACCAUCUUUGCAGUGGUGUCGCUGUUGAUCAGUCUUAUUAUCUACCCUGUGAAAUUUACACAGGAGGUGAGAAAGGACUCUUCAUUCAAAUCAGAAACCCAGAAGUUCCAGCUGGACUGGACGUAUGGAAUAGCCUGGGGGGCCAUAUGCUUUAUGCUUGGGGGAAUCAUCUUGUUUCUGAUUCCCCUAGAAAGUCGGGAGGCCACUCAGGCCAGAGAAAGCACUCCUCCACCAUACUACACCAGAGCCUGAACUGGCUGUGGGUAAGAUUCAUGUGACUGCACUGCUAAACAGUUUGCAAUAUUGAAAGUCUGUGUUGUAAGAGCAUACCAAAAACAUCAUUAUUUGAGAGGUUGUUUUCUUUUCUUUUUACCUUACACAGUAAAGAUUAUUUGUAAAAUUACAUUUUAUUUUUUAACCAGACUGAAACCAUUUUAUGCUCUUGUUGGAAGCAGUAGCUUUCUUUACCUGCUCCUAAUUUUCCUCCUCAGUUGCUAGUACAGGCCUCUGUAUAUUCUUUGUUUUCAGUCGAUGAAGGUUUUUUGUGGAUGUAUUACACUGCAAAUAGUUUUUUGGUUAAAUAUAUUAUAACAAAAACUAUCUAAUGUCUCAGUUUAUCUGCGUUUAAUGGAAAGAGUUUUGAAAAUUUGAGUUGUCAUCUAUGAUCAGAUUAUCAUUUCAAUGUAAAUCAUAUUGGCUUAAGAAUCUCUUUAUUUUUAGAAACAACAACAGGAGUACAUAACUGUGCUGUUUUGAAAUUUCAUACAUUUGCUUUAGAAUAAACAAACAGCAUGCAUUUAAAAAAAAUCUGCGAUAAAGCUGCAUUAGUUGCGGAACAAAUAGACAACUUUCUUUUUUAUGUAUAGUCAUACAUUGAUGUAUAUUUAUCCAUAAGAUGUCAAUGCAUAUAUGUUCAUAUCUUUGUUCACUUUUGCUUAUCAUAGAGGUCAACAUCUUAAUUGUCUUAUUCAGUGAAACAUUGUCAUAUCACUUCUUUUAUUUCUUGUUUACAUCACGAUUUGGGCUGAGGACUUUUCCUAGCCAUGCAACAAAAAUAAUAUUCCAAAAAAGGCAUGGAAUAUCAACAUUGUAAGUUUGAAAUCACUUCACUCAGAAAAGUACCUCAGAGUGUCAACAGAAAAGAACCUACACACUUUGAGUCCUUAGAACUUGUGUGCAAAUACAGACUAUAGAUUUAUCAAUUCCAUUUUUCAAACUUUGGCAAGGCACUGUAGCCUUGUAGUUAUAGAGCACUUAAAUUGGCUUUGUUAGUUUGAAACUUAAUUGCCUAUACAAUCUGGACAACUUCCCUUGCCCAUCUAGCAACUGUACACCUGAUUUACCAGAGAAAGUUAACGGUAGUGAAAUGAGAGUGGUAGGUCAUUCAACUGAAUGAACCAAUUAACGUUUGUAGAUUUUAGAAUCAUUAGGCUGUAUGAUAACUCUUUAUAUAUCUUACCUUAAAUUUUUAGAAAUCAUAACUUCUUAAUUUAAGUAUUCAAUACCAGCAGUUACACAUCUCGGAGAAAAUAUUUAUAAGUCCUUCUCCCAUCUUGUCACAUUUUUGCACAUUGUCUGCUUAUAGAAAAAAUUUCACAAAAAUGUCACAUAGUUCAAUUGUAAAACAUUAUUAUUAAGUCUGAGCAAGCAAAUUUUAAUGCUUAUGAGUUAUUUAUACUGUCCAUCUUCAUCCCUGUUAAAGAGCAUAUGUCAAUGCCAAACCACAGAGACGAGACAAGAAUUCAAAGUGUGUAUAUCUUUUAUUUGUUUGGUUUUUUGGAGUAAGUGAGGGGUGGGGGUGGCAGAAUAAAUUACAAGUAAAAAAAUGUGGCAUUCUACCUAGUGGAACAGGCAUUUUUCAUUUUGCAUCUGAAUGUAUUCAUGUCAUUAUUGUAGCUAUGUUAACUGAUGUUCAGAUAUUUUUCUGCUUUGUUUUAUAUAGGAAUCAAAUUUUAGGUUGCUUUUCUGCAUUUUUAUGAAAAGACCACAUGUGGUGAGGCACAACAAUGCAAAGGUUUUUGUGUCUAUCUGUCAGUUUUCCUGUUUGGUCUCUUAUCUGAAUCCAGGCAGUUACUUUGUAACAGUGAAUGUACCUUCUGUUCCUGGUUUUCCAUCGCUAAUGGCUAAAUGCUUUUUAUCAUGAGUGAAUUUAGCAACUGCUGAGAUGGCAUCUUUUGUGUUGUAAAUUGCAACACAUCAAAAUCAUUAUAAAAGAAGAGUUAUCAUUUCUUCCUCUCUUCUGAUUAGUAAUUUAAUUGAUACUUUAAGAAUGACCUGAAGAAAAGCAAGCUGUGUAGUAUUAUGUUCCUUUGUUAGAGGGGUAGAUCUUUUGUGGGUUUUUUUUUUUCUCUCAAAAGCAGAUAUGUAUUUGCUUUAAUACAGGGAAUACACUUGGGUGCCAUUAAAAGUAUGACCUUAUAAUGAGAUAGUCUCAGCUCUCAGACUUCCAACAGUUUAGGUAGGUCUGUGUGCAGUUUAUUUUCUGCCGUUUCAUGAGUUACCUGCAUUUAAAAAAAACCAAAGCCUUCAGUUAAAUGGAAACACUGUAAAAAACAAAAAUACAAAAUGUUUUAGGAAUUAUAUUGCAUUAUAUAUAUAUUAAAAAUAGUUUACAUUUAAAUUAUAUUCCUUUUUGUAUUUGAAAUUGUUGCAUAUAAUUCUUAUGAAUUUUUUAUGAAUAGGUCCAACAGCUUAUAAUUUUUCGAAAAGCCAAACACAUACUUGUAAUUGCAGUCAUAUGGGGGUUCCUCCAACAGACUUUAAGCAACAGUCUACAUAUUUUUGAACAGAAAAAAUUCACCUUUUUUUUCUAAUUCACAAGUCUAAUGAAAUUUAUUUCCAUUAUUACUCAAGAUGUAUUUUUAAUUGCCCAUUCGGUCAUAUAUGUUUCACUCACUCCUUAUGCAUAGAUAAGUUAAUUGUUGCACUUUAGGAGAAUGUUUUUCUAGCCCCUUCUCACUUCCAAUGCCUUAUUGCUCUUUGCUGAUUGUAGGUGAUCAGGAAUUGAUGCAUAAUCAAUGAUCAGGCAUGUUGUAUUGUGACAGACAGAGGCAUGUGUCUCUAGGCAUAACACUGUGUGCUUUUCAUGGUGGUGUAAAUACUAAAGGCUUUUUCAAAUAUUUCUGUUACAUCUAAGAGUCUUGGUCAAAGCAGUCUUUAGCGAAUUUGACGAUAAAUUCACAUCAGUGGAUUAUGUGAUCGUCUGCCUUAUAUGAAUUAAUCUGUGGAUAAAACAUAACUGUGAUUCGAUUGAUGCUUUCAAGGUAAUGAAAAUUCGUUUUCUGGUUAAUUUUCUGACAAAAACAAUACUUCUUAUUUCCAUGGUGCUUCUCGUGUAUCAUAUUACGUGUUUGUGCAUGUUAAAGCAAAUUUCUUGGGCUUUGGGCCUUUUUAUUCAUGUUAUGCAUAUAUGUUAUUACCUGAUGCUAUUUAUUAUUUUUUUGCAUAGAGGUAAGAAGUGUUUUAUAUAUGCUUUUUGUAGAUAUUGAUAUUGCUGAUGCUGUAAAAACUAGUCUAGCAGAGUUUAUUUAGUCUUCAGUCUUUCCGUAAUGAUAAUUUUUACAUUAGCACUUUUUGCUAUAAGUGGUUGUGAUGUAGGUUUUACUGGCUUUUACACUAUCAAAAUGCAUUUUUGUCAUGCUUUUUUCCUGUGCAGUUUGUUUUUAUUUUCAUUUUAGCUUAAAUUGUGUGUUUCCCAGUGCAAUAUUAUUGCGUGUGUUUAAUAAUGGAGCCAGGACUGAAAUUAUGGAGACAUGUUGUGAAAAGUAACUAAUAUAUUUUAUAUACUUUUUAGUGACAUUCCGUUUUUUUGGUAUCAUACUGAAAAUAUUACCAUCAUUUAUGUGAACCAGUAUCUACUUUUAGACAUGUAAUCAGAUUAUCCUACUACGCAUAAUAUGCUUGUGUGCACUUCUUGAAAAUAACACAAGCAUACUAAAAAGUUUUUACUGUGGCAGUAGCUUGCUCCUCAUCUACUGGUGCAAAUUUGGGACCUUCACACAAAUCUUCAUACAAACUUCAAUAUUUACAAAUAUUUGCAAGUUUCUUACAACUAGCCUUCACACAUCUUGCCCCUCUACAUCAUGUGGACAUUAGGCACUGUAGUAGUCCUGAACAGUAAACUGAUCUGAAACUGGCUGUUGACUGCCUAUUUACUGGGUCCUUUGCUUCAUGCUUCAUUUUCCAGCCUGCCUGAUGUUCACCUAAUGCUAGUGGCUUUUGUUUGGGCACUUCCUUUUGAUUUUUUGCCUGCCAGUCUAUUGUGGCUGGAACUGGGACUAUGAAUGCUGCUCUCAAUGCACUUAUGAACUUGCUGAAGAAGAGGGUUGCCGUUGCCAACUUGCCUGCUUGGAAGAUAUUAGGUGCAUCUAGUUAGGUGCAUGUAGUGGGCAAGGCGAUGUGUUCCUUAGUUCUGCACUCUUCCCUUCUGGGUUAAACAGACUAAGGGCUCCCCCCCCCCUUUUUGUUUUUUACCUUGUUAUUGUUCCAAGAGCUGGAUAACAGAAAAUAGCAUGGUGAACAGUAACAGCUUUGAUUUUUGGAAAAACUUCAGAUAUCAGCAGAAACUUUGAUUCAUGUUGUGUUCAGUUUUGAGAGACUUUUUCUGGGAUUUCUCAAUUUUCAAACUGGAAUCCAGUGCAAUCACCCACAUGGUUGAUUUGAAUCAGGAUAUAUGAUGGCUGGUUAUUAGAUCUGAAGUGAGUGAUAAGUAGAUCACACUUUCAUUUUGAUGUCUUGUUAAGAACCUACUUUAUCAGUCUUGUGAUAUUUAAGACAGUGUGUGGCUGUGGCUACACGAUUUUAUACAAGAUUCUGACAUGAAAGUUAUUUUGCCGUAGAUAGGCUUUACUAUGCAAGGUGAUUUGUCACAGAAAUUGGACCACCACCAAAAAAACCUGUAAGCAUAUAUGUACUGUUAACUGCAUGCUGUUUUUGCAUUUCGAGUUCAUGUCUUUUGUUUCCAUUUUCUAAUACAUUGACCAGUGCCUGAUCAUGCUACUUUUGAAACUAAAGCACACUGAACAUGUUAACAAAAAUUGUAUAAAAACCAUGGAAUGGUAGAAAUUUGUAGAAAUUAUGAAACUAUUAAAACUAAGUUUAUAGGAUAUAGAAAUUAAAGUAUAAAAAGACUCAACCUAAAAUUUGAUAAUAAAUUUAGUCAUGAAACAAACCUGCUGCAAAAAAGGCAGCAUGCAGCGUGAAUUGUGUAGAUAAGUCUAGUGUGAUGAUAACCUUACAAGAGUGAAGUAAUGUGCAAGGGUGCUAUGCAAAGUGGAGAUAAAACUGAAGAUAACUUUUUUUUUUUUAAUCUCACACGCACACCACACAGUUAUUUAACUUGCAAUCUGGGGAGCAUUUACAAAUAUUUACCAUAAAGCAAGGACAUUAAUGGGUGACUGGAGUAGGGUUUGGGCUAGUAUAGUGGUGUGCAUGGGGUUGAGCUAGAGGUGGGAUUAGGGGUUAAACAAAAGUGGGGAGAGGUUAACCUUACAACUGGGGCUCUCCAAACUUCAUUGGUGGUAUUUUUGGGGUGAGGGGUGGGAUAGGUGCUAAUCAAGAGAAAAAAGUUUGAAUGACAAUUUGUAUUAUGUGAGGACCUAUAAGACUAGGGGUGAUCUCCAGUUUGAAUGUGUAGAUAUCAACACACAGACCUGGUGAUGGCAUCCCAUAUUCCAUAUUUGCAUAUCAAAUUUUUCUGAUGUAUUACAUUGAUUUUUUUGUAUUUGUUUGCAGCACUGAACUUAAAUGAUUAUCACAUUUUAUCACAGAAAUGGGAUAUAAAUAAAGGUAAAAAAAAUUAA